UCAUUCUCUCACUCUUUAGUUACUCCAAUGGCUUCUCUGAAGAGUCUCUGGUAUACACUUUCAAACUAUUCAAGAAACCUUUCUCCUCCCCUCCCGAAAUCAAGAACCAAAGCCCUCACCCUAUCCCUUCUAAUCGGAUCCUUCUACCUCUCCUACUUCUUCUUCUUCGCUUCCAUCUCCGAUUCCCGCCCUGCACUAACCGCAGCAACCUUUGCUUCCCGCCUAUUAUCCCUCUCUUCCAUAGCUUCCACCUUCACCACUUUCCCCGUUUCAUCUUCUUCUUCUUCUUAUACCGUCCAAUCAAACAAAGGUUCAAGAGAAAGGAAGACCCAUUUCAGUUCUUGCAACAUCUUCGAUGGAAAAUGGGUUUUGGAUAAAAGAUCAAGACUUCUUUACAAGCCAGGUUCUUGCCCGUAUGUUGAUAAUGCGUUUAAUUGUUAUGAAAACGGCCGGUCGGAUUCUAGUUACUUCCAGCUCCGGUGGAGGCCUCACGGAUGUAACAUUCCAAGAUUUAAUGGUUUGAAAAUGCUGGAAAUUUUGAGAGAGAAAAGGGUUGUGUUCGUGGGAGAUUCGUUGAAUAGAAACAUGUGGGAAUCGUUAGUUUGUGCUCUGAGGAACUCUCUCGCCGAUAAAAGCAGAGUGUUUGAAGUUUCCGGCCGGCGAGAAUUCAAGACUCAGGGCUUCUAUUCUUUCAGAUUCAAGGAUUACAACUGCUCAAUUGAUUUCAUAAAAUCCCCAUUCUUGGUUCAAGAAUGGAAGAUUGUAGACAAGGCGGGUACGAGAAGAGAAACUCUAAGACUUGACUUGAUUCAAGAUUCUUCAAUCAAUUACCUUGAUGCUGAUAUCAUCAUCUUCAACACCGGCCAUUGGUGGACUCACCAAAAAACCUACAAAGGGAGCAACUAUUUCCAGGAAGGAGAUCGAGUAUACAACAGGCUUGAAGUUGCAGAAGCAUACACAAGAGCAUUAAAGACAUGGGCGAAAUGGGUUGAUUCAAACGUAAACUCCACAAAAACCCGUGUUUUCUUUCGUGGGUAUUCAGCUUCCCAUUUCAGAGGAGGGCAAUGGAAUUCCGGCGGGAAUUGUGACGGCGAAACUGAACCUAUAAGGAACGACAGCUUCCUCGGACCUUAUCCAUGGAUGAUGAAUGUUCUUGAAUCUGUCAUGUCAGGAAUGAAGACGCCUGUUUCUUAUUUGAACAUUACAAGAAUGACCGGUUACAGAAAAGAUGGACACCCUUCCAUUUUCCGGCAGCCGGAGGUCAGAAGAAGUCGCCGGAUUAUUCAGGAUUGUAGCCACUGGUGUCUUCCCGGUGUGCCGGAUUCUUGGAACGAACUUCUUUAUGUUUCUCUUCUUAUGUCUGAUUCUAAAUAGCAU